AUGGGUAUAAAUCAAUGUGGUUUUGUGGUGCUUUUGGCUCUUUCAAUUUCAGUAGUCGAGAUAUCAUCGAAAUUCGAGUUCACCAAUAUCAUUUGCAAUUCUUUGGAUAAAAAGUUUUCCGACUUUGAGUACUGCUACAUAAAGUCGGUUAAUCGAAGCUACAAGUAUGUGUCGAUCAAAGCAAAAUUAUUUAAAACGCCCAUUACAAAAAUCAACGGAGUGAUCCUCAAGCGAUUUAAUGGAUAUAAUGGCUACAGACCCUUCAUGGUUAAUAUGACAGUGGAUGCUUGCAGGUUCCUGAACAACACGAAGUCGAACCCGAUAGCCAGUUACCUUUAUGACUUCAUUAGGCCCUUCACCAACAUGAAUCACAACUGUCCCUAUGAUGUGCGUAUAUCCUUAACUGACUCCGAUCUGUGCUUAUGUUUCUGGUUUCUUAUACAGCACGAUCUCUUGAUCGAAAAACUACCCAUACACUUCGUUAAUCACCAGGUGACAAAUGUCCUUCCCGUUCCUGAAGGCGAUUACCUAUACGAAACAAAUUGGAUGGCCUACGACAUAAGGAGGGCUGUGAUCAAGGUGUACGGAACUAUAUCCUGAUUAAUUUAUAGGCAUAUGUAAAAUCAACAAGUUGCAAUUCAACACACACACUACUCCAAUUUGAUCCUGGGAAUACCUAUGUAUUUGACUUACCCUCCUUGAGGGAAUCCCUUCCG